AUGAGUGAAGAACGAUCAUAUUCUAGAACACCUCAGAGAAGAAGGUCAGGUAUACAUGGUUUAAAAGUGCAUACUUUACCAACUGAACCAAGUGAUUUAAAGCACAACAGCCACAGUAAUAUUAGGUCUACGCAAAGUCAGGAAGAAGAAGAAGAUAUUGAAGAUGAGUAUUCAAGGGUGAAGCCUCAAUCUAGUUUUGAGACGGAUGAAGACUUUAAAUUCAAACGCCGUAGGAGAAAGCAUAGUGCUUUAGGAGAUCGAUUAGAUUCUCUUCAAGAUAUACAGAAUGCAAAAUGGAUGGAUAACUUCAACAGUUCUAUGCAGGUCCCGCAGCCGAUUCCGCAGCAGGUUCAGAUGGGCGGGCCGAGCCAGUAUAUGCAAUCCCCGCAGGGUAGACAGCAGGCUGCCGUUAUGCCUCCACCACAAUAUAUGCCAUACAUGUAUUAUUAUCCUAUGCCUCCCCCUAUGAUGCCUAUGCCUACAUCUCCACAACGGCAGAUAGAGAACAUACCAUCUUCUAUGCAGGGGUAUCCUAAUACCUCUACACAACCUUUUUUCCCUCACUUGGCUGCUUCUAUGGGUAAUAAUCAAUUGGUGAUACCUUCUGCUAUGUACCCCCCUCAUUAUUCACACGAAAGUAGGGAUCCAAGGAAUUCUAGAGAUCGGAGGAGAUCGAUAAUGUCGCAGCGAGGGAGGCGGUUGUCAAUGCUAUCAUUUCAAGGCGAAGAUAAGAAUGUCGACGUGAUGAAAUCUGAGAUUAUAUCGCCGCACAAGGAUGUACCGGAGUCAGAUUUCUACAGGCACAUUGGAAACACGUCCUUUGGGCGUGGUUUGCGAACUAGGCAGUUAUUCAAUUGGUGUAUGAUCCGAUGUUUGAGGAGGUUAGAAGGAAUGGAUGCUUAUCGUGUGGCAAAGGAUCAUGCGUCCACUUACGUGAGUCCCCAGAGGAUAAGUAUGGUGAUAAUAAAGGAAUUUGUACAGGACUUGCGUAAGGGGAAAAUCGAUAUGGAUUGGGAUUGUAAGGAUGUAAAGGAUAUUGAAUUUAAUCCUGAUGAUACCGAAGACACCGUUUUGCGUGAAUUAUUCAACGAAGAUGACGAGGGUGAUGGUGUCGCACGAAUGCACAGCAGUGUAAUUAGGAAACGAAGAAGAACGAUCAAAAUUCCAAAUGAAAAGAAUAUACAAAACUUGGAAAAUCUCAAAAUAUUGCAGGAAAAGCUUUCGAACCUCAGAUCGGAGAUAGAUCUAUGGUCAACCGAAUUAGAUAAGGAGAAGUACCAGAAUAUCUGGAUAUCCGUGGGUACGAAACCCAUCGGCAAGGAAGUAAUUUCAGUACCCGAUUUAGAAUUGCCAGCUAUUCCAGAUUCUCAAGACAUUAAAUUAAAGUUCGUACAACGCAUGGAUAGAUUCCAAGCCUCCUCACAUCUCUUAGCUUCUCAUGCUAAGUUACUGGGCGAUGUGUUAAAUCUAAAAUCAAACAAAAUUUCCAGGUGUUUAUCUGUAAAAAAUAACACUCACAAAGCCAAAGACAACAAGAAGCAAACUCGAAAAUUACUCGUUAGUCUUUCCAGAACACUCUCGAAUUGGGAUCAACAAAUACAAAAUUAG